AUGGCCGUACCACAAUCUGAGCCCGUGCAGGGUGUAGGAUCUCCCAUGCCAGGUCACACCGUGGACCCAAUCGAUGAGAAGUUCCAGAGCCAGCAUAUGGAGUAUGAGAAAGUCGAGGUCAAAGGUGAUUACUCUGGGGCCGUGGCCAAAACGAGCCCCGAGGAGAAGAAGCUCGUCAGGAAGCUGGAUAUCUGGAUUAUGCCCAUGCUUUGGUUGAUGUACUGGCUCAACUACCUAGACCGCAACGCCAUUACCCUCGCUCGCCUCAAUGGGUUUCAAGACGACCUUGGACUCACCAGCAACCAAUACAGCACUGCUAUCUCUAUCCUUUUCGUCGGAUACAUCCUAGGCAUCGUACUUGUGCGCUUCUUCCUGGGUGUGGUCGAGGCACCAUACUACCCAGGAGCGCUGUAUCUCUUGAGUAUCUUCUACACGAGAAAGGAGAUUGCGACACGCAUCAGCAUUCUCUACUCUGGCAACAUCCUCGCUUCGUCAUUCGCUGGACUCAUUGCGCUUGGCGUCUUCAAACUCGAUGGUGUCCGUGGUAUCAGCGGAUGGCGUUGGUUGUUCAUAAUACAGGGUGUCGUCACCUUCAUCAUUGCCGUAAUAGCUUGCUUUACCCUCCCUGACGAGCCUUUGACCACAUGGUGGCUCAACCCCGAAGAACGCCAACUUGCGCACGCCCGGGUUGCGCGAGAUACAGUCGGCCACUCCGCCGACGUCUCCAUGCUCGCAGGCCUAAAGGAAGCUAUCCGAGACCCCAAAGUUUGGGUAUUCGUCUACAUGCAACACCUGCAUAUUGCUACCAAUGGGUUCAAGAACUUCAUGCCAACGAUCGUCAACACACUAGGCUUCUCUCAGGAAGUCACACUCGUAUUGACAUGCCCACCUUACUUGAUUGCGGGCGCAUUCUCCGUCGCAUGGGCCAUAUCAUCUGGCCAUUUCAACGAACGCACCUGGCACAUCACCAUUGCCAAAGGCGUAGCUGUCUUUGGCUUCGUGCUCGGCUGCGCGACUAUGAACGUGGGCGCGAGGUACUUCGCCAUGUGCGUCUUUACCAUCGGCACGUAUGGCGUCAACAGCAUUAUCCUCGGGUGGGUGUCCUCAACCUGUGGACAAACGAGGGAGAAGAAAUCUGCGGCGCUGGCUAUUGCGAACGUCGCAGCUACACUCAGCUUGAUCUGGACUCCCUACAUCUGGCCAGAGUGGUCGGAGCCGCGGUUCGUCUUACCCUUGGCUAUGAGUGCUGGUAUGGCACUCAUGUGUGCGGCUGGCGCAUGGUUUAUGCGCUGGUGGUUGGUGCGGGAGAAUAGGAGGAUUAAGAGCUCGAACUCUGAGACUACGAUGUUCUACGCCUAUUGA